UAUAAAAGUAGAGUUGAUUCCAUAAAGAUCAUCAUUCAUUUCCCAUCAUUACUGUAUAGUCAAUCAUACAAUAGAAUCGAAGUGAAGUGAUUAAGACGAGACAAGACGAGAUGAAAUAUUUCCUAAUAAUCAGCGCUGUGCUGGUUUUGGCACUCGCAAGUCAGCAGAGUGGUCAACAACAACGCCAACAGCAACAUCAAGCCCAACAAUCAUCCCGUCGUUGGUAUGGAGCAUGGAAUCAGGAUAAGGAAUACAUUUAUCGUGUUCGUAGUCGCACCCUUGCUGCCUUACCAGACAUGAAAGACCAAUAUGCUGGAAUCAUGAUGAAAGCUCGCCUCUCAGUUCGUCCACGUGAUCGCGACAAUGUCGUUAUGCAAUUGAGUGAUGCUCAAUAUGCUCAAAUCAACGAGGAAAUGCCUGAUGGUUGGGAUUCAGAUGCACCAAAGACAGCUCAAUGGAAACAAAUGCCAAUCAGCAAGAAGCAAUUCUAUGUUGAAUUAAAGAAUGGAGCAAUCCGUGGAUUGUAUUUCGAUAAGGAAGUCACAAAUGAUCAAGCUAAUAUGCUCAAAGGAAUUGUCUCACAAUUCCAAGUUGAUACACAAGCACAAAACUUGAUUAAAUGCAGACGUAAUCAAUUACCUAAUCAUGAGACACACACUGCUGCAUACAAGACUAUGGAACCAUCAGUUCAUGGCAAGUGCAAGACUAUGUAUGACAUCUCGCCAAUCCCAGACUAUCAAGUUGCUGCCAAUCAAGAAUGGGCACCAAUGCCAAGUCUCAAGAAAGAUGGACAAAGCUUCAUUGAAGUCGUCAAGACUACAAACUUGAGUAACUGUGAUGUUAAUCUUGGAUAUCAUUUUGGAAUCACCGCAUUGAGCUCACAACAUCCAGGAUCCAAUAAAAUGGGUGAAUGGUUCGCACGCUCUAAUGUUCAACGUACAAUCCUUUCAGGAUAUCUCUCAAACUAUACAAUCCAAUCCUCAGUUACCAUCAACAAAGUCGUUGUUAGCCCUGAAUUAUAUAACAGCAACAAAGCUAUGGUUGUAUCACGUGUCAAUGUCUCAUUGAUUGAAUUACGUGAUGAUAAGAAUGAAGUUCCAGCUAGAACUGAUGACAUGGUCCGUACAAGUUUAUAUUAUCAAUACAACAAUGUUGCAGCUGAUAAUAAUCAUGUUCAAAACUAUACAUCAGACUCAUCUUCAUCAUCAUCCUCCUCAUCAAGCUCAAGUUCAAGUAGCUCAAGCUCAUCAUCAAGCUCAAGCAGUAGCUCAAGUUCAUCAUCAAGUUCUGAUUCAAGCUCAUCAAGCUCAUCAUCAGAAAGUGACGAAAAGAAGCAUAACCAACCAAAGAAGCAACAAGGCAAGCAACAAAACACAUUGAAGCGUUCACGCCGUAAUGUACCAAACCAUCAACAUGAACAAAAGAAGCAACAACAAAAACAACUGAAAAAGGACCAGAAUAAGCAACAUAACCCAAAAAGCUCAUCAAGCUCAAGCAGCAGCAGCAGUGAUAGUUCAUCAAGCUCAAGCUCAAACUCAAGCAGUAGCUCAAGCUCAAGUAGCUCAUCAUCAAGCUCAAGCUCAUCAAGUUCAAGCUCAUCAAGCUCAAGCAGUGAAUCUGACUCAAGCUCUGACUGGGAUUCAUCCUCAAUGUCAGACUCAAGUGAAGAAUUCCAUGCUGAUCGUCCACAAGCCAACAAGCCAGUUCUCGCUCCAUUCACAGUUUUCUCAUUGUUCCAAGACAAGAUUAAUGCACCAAAGAAGGCACUUAAGCUUGCACAAGAAAUUGGUGAACAAUUACAAGAUCCAAAUACAAUGCCAGAACAACAGACAUUGAGAAAGUUCAAUACACUUGCUACCCUUGUCAGAAUCAUGACCCAAAAGGAAAUUGAAGAAGUUGGUAACCAACUUUAUGUUGAUGAGAAGCACUUACAACCAGCACAAUCAUCAAAGGACUCAAAGAAUUUGGCUAUCUGGAAGACAUACCGUGAUGCAGUCGCUGAAGCUGGUACACCAGCCUCAUUCGGUUGUAUUGUCAAUUGGAUUAAAAAGGACAAGAAAGUCAUGAGAACUGAAGCUGCAAACUUGAUCUUAAGACAAGUCAAGACCAUCCGUUACCCAACCAAGGAACUUAUGCAAGAAUUCUUUGACUUCGCUACAUGUGAUGAAGUCCAGAAACAAGGAUAUUUGUCAUCAGCAUCACUCCUUGCUCUCAGUGGAUUCUUAAGCUUUGCACAAGUCAAUAACCAAUCAGCUCACUCAUUCUAUCCAGUUCAUGCUUUUGGACGACUUGCUAAUAGAAAAUUCGAUAUUGUUCCAAGGAAAGUCAUUCCAUACCUUGAUGCUGAAAUGAAGAAAGCCUCAAAACAUGGAGACAGUCAACGUAUGUUGGUUCUUAUCCGUGCUAUGGGACAAUUAGGACAUCCAGCAAUUCUUGAAGUUUUCGAACCAUACUUAGAAGGAAAAGUACCAGUCACAGAAUUCCAACGUCUUGCAAUCAUCACAGCACUCAAUAAGCUUUCAAAUAAUCAUCCAAAACUUGCUCGUAUGAUCUUCUUCCGUGUCUAUCAAAAUGCUGCUGAACGUUAUGAAACACGUGUUGCUGCCAUCUUUGGACUUAUGAGAACUAACCCACCAGUUGAGAUGCUUCAACGUUUAGCUGAAAUGGCUAAUACUGAACCAUCAAAACAAGUUGCACAUGCUGUCCGUACAGCACUUGAAACUGCUGCUGAACUUGAUCAUCCAGAUAAUCGUGAACUUUCAGAAAAUGCUGAAGCUGCUCGUCAACUUCUCGAUGAUGAUGAAGACGAUGUUCCAGAAGGUGUUCAAAACUCACGUACACACAUCCAUGAUUGGAUUAUGGACGAGAUGAAUCUUGCUUAUACAGUUCAAGCCUCAAAGAUUGGAAGUGAAGACAGUUUGUUCCCAAAAGUUGCAUCAAUUCAAGUCACAAAAGAUAUGGGUGGAUAUAAGCACAGAUGGAAUGAAUAUCAUGCAAUGAUCUCAAGUGUUGAUCAAUUAAUUGAAAUGGUCAAGGAUCAAUUCAGCACAGGACAACGUAAGAAUAAAUGGAACAAGAAUCAACCACAAGAAAAUCAACCAAAGAAGUCAGGAUUUGAUCUUGAUGAAAUUGAAAAGCUUUUGGAUCUCCAAUCAGAACAACAAGAACAACUUGAAGGACAAAUCUUAAUGAAAGUCAAUAACUUGAAGAGAUUCUGGACAUUCAAUAAUGAAACUAUUGAUAAGAUCCCACAAUACCUUCAUAGAGUUGCCAAGAAAUUGGCUGAAGGACAUCAAUUUGAUUACAGCAAGAUCUAUAAUCAAGAAGUUGUUGAAAUUGGCUUCCCACUUGCAUCAGGUCUUCCAUUCUCAUUCGUCCAUAGAACACCAACUGUUGUUCGUUCAGGCGGAGAACUUCGUCUUACAACAAGUCCACAAGAAUAUAACUUUGAUGGCAAAGGAGCACCAACACAAGCUACAUUAUUUGGAACUUGGGAUUCACUCUUUGCUUCACAAAUUGAUGCUCAAGUUGGAUUCACAACUGUCUUUGACAAACAAAGAUAUUCAGCUGGUAUCCAAAAGAAACUUCAAGUUCGCUUGCCAGUCCGUAUGAACAUCAAUCUUGAUCUUGUCAAGUCACAAGUUACUGCUGAAUUCGAGAACAUGGAUACUAAGGAUGCUACCUUAUUACACAUGUCAUCAUGGCCAUACACUGAACGUCGUAGUGUUGAUGCUACAAUUGACUUUGAUGCUGAUCAUGACACAAAGAUUGUUUCAGUCGCAGAAGAAAAGAAGGUCCAUGCACGUAUUGGUGAACGAUCAACAGGCUUAGUCCUCGACAUCAACGCCAACUAUGAAAAAGACCCACUCUGCAGAAAGAAGCUUGCUGAACAUUAUAGAGCUGGAAACUGGGCUGGACUUGCAACAUACGUCACAGACCUCGAUAGCAGCGAACACUGGAAACUCGAAAUUCUCACCAACCAACAAGCCUCAAAAGCACAAAAGAUGAGAAUCCAAGUCCAACUUGAAAAGAAGGAAUCAUUUGAAGAUGAAGAAAUAGAUCCACAUCCAAAGAACACCCAAAAGACAAUGCCAUGGCAAAACCAGGACCUCCUUAAACUCCGUCAAGAACUUAACAAGCUCGGCGGUGCAUGGAACAACGCAGAAAUCACCGGAGCUCAAGUUCAAGUUAAAUUUGUCGAUGCUAGCGGAAGCAGCAAGACUAAAUUUGUCUCAAACUUUGUUGCUGGAACCAGCAAGGCUACUCAUGACUGGCGUCUUAUUGUCAACUCCAAUGUUGAUGCUAUCAAGUACAACAAAGAAGUCAACUUCCGUGUCCUCAUGCAAGCACCAAAUGUUCCAGAAAUGAGCCUCGAUGAUGCUUUGAAGGGACAAGAUGAAGGCAAGAUGAGAAUUGAAUUCGAGUUCGGAAACACUGACGAGCCAAAGAAGGCUAAGGUUACAAUCAAGGGCAAGGCUAUUCAAACAGAAGAACGCAGACAAGAAGUUGCACAAUCAGAAGAUGCUCUCGAAUGCAGAAAGCAAAUGAAGGUUGGAAACUGGCUCCAAGAAGAAUGCAGAAAUGCCAUCUAUCAAGCCUCAAUCUAUGACAGAUAUACUCAUGAAAUUGAAUACGAGAACUUCUCAUCCAGACAAAAGGAAUGGGCUAACAAGAUCGCUAAACACUCACGUGGACAUCUCUACCGAGUUCUUUCAGGAUAUGAAAUCUCAUCAACAGCAGGAAACAGUGCCAACAAGAAGGUAUACCUUGAUUUCCAAAAUGGACCUAGAUUCGAAACCCUCAACCUUACAGUCAAGGGACCACACUUCGAAAAAGUCUAUGCUGAUAUUGAACUUCCAUCAUGCUUCCGUAAAUAUCUUGGACUUCAUCCAGAAGAUGCAUGCCCCUACAAGAGAAUGGUCGGAGAAGCUACAAAUGAUGCUGAUGAACCAACCUGCGUCAUUGACCAAAGCUCAAUCGUAACAUUCGACAAUGUCCAAUUUGACUAUGAAGUUCCACAAUGCUGGCAUGUAGCUAUGAUCUCAAAUCCAAAAGAAGAAUUCAAUGCAACCAACAGCAUGGAAACCACAGAUGAAGGUCGCAGUGAUAGAAUCGCAGUACUCACCCGUCAAAUGCCACAUGCUGAUCGUGAUCGCAAAGAAUUCGCAAUCAUCAUCGGACAAGAACAUGGAGAAGAUCAAAUCAUCAGAGUUGAAGGAUCAGGAAAUGGAGCUAAAUUGUUCUUAAACGAACAAGAACAACAUUUGGAAACCGACCGUGCCUUGGAACAUCAUGGACAAGAUGGUCAAGAUACUCCACUCAUCCGUGCCUAUAAACUUAAAAAUGGAGAAAUCCGUAUUGAAGUACGUGAUGGAGAACUCGAAUUGACUACUGAUGGACGUCGUGCAAUUAUUACAUCAAAGACCAACAAACACCGUGAUGACAUCAAUGGACUUUGCGGAACCAACAAUGGAAAUGUUAUGGAUGAAUUCAGAGCACCAGACCAGAAAGUCUAUGGAAGUUCUGACUAUUUUGCUGCCUCAUGGGCUAUCGUUGACGACUCAUGCUCAGCAGAUGCCAAGAGUGCACACAGCAAGGCAUUGAAGGCACCACGUUAUGAAGUUGAGUACAUCUUCGGAAAUAUCAUUGGAGACCGUGAAACUAGCCGCAAGGCACCAAAACACAGUCCAAAAUGGUCAGGAAGCUCAAGCUCAUCAUCAUCAAGCAGCUCAAGCUCAAGCUCAUCAUCAUCAUCAUCAAGCAGCUCAAGUUCAUCAAGCUCAAGCUCAAGCUCAUCAAGCAGCAGCAGCUCCUCAGAAUCAAUGGAAAAUGGACAUCCACGUCCAAAUGAAAUCUUGCCAAUCCAACGCGUCCAUAAAGUUGAACGUGACAACGAGAUCUGCUUCACAAAGAGGAAGAUCCCAACAUGCCCAAAGAAGUACAAGUCAGCAGAUACAGACAACAAGUUCUUUGAUGUCCAUUGCAUGAGCAAACAUGAAGCUAAGGAACAUGUCCGUGAACACAAGAAAGGAAAUGAUCCAGACUUCAAGAAUCACCAAACACACAAGACAAUCAAGUUGGAACAUCCAACAAAAUGUGUCAGACGCCAAAAUAAGCAAAAGAUUCAAAAAGCAAAGAACCAACAAAUGUAAAUUGAUGACUUAAUGCUGACCCUCGACUGACUUUAUGGCUGACUUAAUGAAAAAAACUUUUUCGGAUCUUCAGAAAUUCUCAAAAAAAAAAAAUAAAAUUUAUUCAGGUUCUUAAGCUUCCAAGUGAAGUUUGAGAGACAUUUAGGGACAAAAAUAUUUUGAGGAAGUGACGAAGAUGAAAAAGUUUAAAUCGACGAAAAAAAUAGUUUGUAGACACAACGAGCAUCCCAAAAAAUGUUACAAUUGAAUUUGUACGACCAAAAAAAAAAAAAAUUACGAAUCAAAAAUUGUUGAAUAAAAUUUUUUUAUAUUUUUGUAAAAACAUUUAAUUUAUUUUUGUGCAGCACCUACAAAGCUUUUAAUCAUUUAAUCAUCUCUAACAGUUACAUUAUUUUCAUUUGAAUUCUCAUCAGAUGCAUCGUUUGUUUCUGUUUUUAUAGUUAUUGGUUUUGGUUUUCGCGAACUUGUUGCAAGUGUUAACUCCAAAAUUUUCGAAUCUAUCCAUUCAAUGAAGCACGCUACUUUAGUAAAUGCAGCUAAAUUUUGAAGAGGUCAAAUAAAUUCAUUAAAACACAAACUUUUAAAAUGUAAAUUGAACAACCUGGAAAAUUUUGUUCAUAACACCGCUUAGCCCCAAAAGAUAAAAGACCUUCAAGAAUAGUUUUUCCAUCCUGUGUAGUUUUAGUUACAGCACUUCCUUAAAAAUUGUACGAGAUGUAAUAUAAUGUGAUGCAGUAAAACUUUGUGAUUUUACCUGAAUCUCCAACACUGAAAAACAUUUUAAGUUUAAAUAGUUUUUAAUUAAUUUUGGGGAACUCAACAUGAUGGAAAAAUGUUUUGAUAAAAUAAUGAGCAUACAAAUGCAUAGUUUUCCCCUAACUUACCAUGUAACAGUCUGACUAAGCCCACAAAACUAAGUUUUUAAAAAAAAUAAAGAAAAAAAUAAAAAUUAAUUUCGAUUUUUUUUAAGCGCAUUAUAUUUGGCAAGUUCCUAUACAGUGAAGUAAAACAAAGUGUAGAAGAAUUUCAGUUAAAAUAAAGGGAUUCUUCACCCAAAUCCCUGCCCUGGCUAUGCACUUGGUUCUUGUUCUUUGACAUUUGAAGUCUAAAUCGCUGUUCACAAUUGAUUGAUUGCACAAGGAUGCAGCUGAGUGGUGAAAAAAAUCCUUAAAUCCUCUCAUCCUACUCUUGCUCUGCCCCAGACCAACCCUUUGAAUCAGAGUCAAGAGACUCUGAGGCAGGCGCGUAACCAGGUUUAAGAGAGUGAUUUGUUACUUAUUCACUUCGCUGGUCGUAUCGAUCAAUUAUGAUCUAUGACCUCCCUUAGAAAAAAAAUCUUUACCUAUUUAGAUCAAUUGUGAUCCAGAGGUGCGCUAGGGCGUUUCGCAGCUAAUGAGAGUUUAAAAAGUGAGGAUGCGCCAAACCACUGCACUCAAACUUAGACCUACAAUUUGUAGUGAGAUCCGAACUACUCCUUUGCUGACAUUUCUGCCUGUAGCCUAUAAAAGAAGGCUGUGAGCCUCAUUUCCAGUACAUAUGAUUCGAAAAAGGACCAGUCCUCCCUUAGUCGUCCCCUAAAACUAGCUCUAUUGCUGGCAACACUGUCUCUAUCAACAGCCUCUCUCCAUGAGUUCUUUGGACUUCAAAGUUUUUAAUACUUUCACUUACAAUCUUACUAUUCACUCGACUCUUUUCAAUUCCUCGAAAAAAAUUUUCACAUUUUUGAUUUUCGAUAAUUUUCAUAUUGAUUUUCUUCUUCUUGUCCGUAAAUGAUGUGACCCCAUUUAUGAAAAUUUUACCUAUUUGGAUAUGAAAAAAAAAUAAUUAA